AUGAUGACUGGAUUAGCGGCAAAUAAUGACGAAACGUUUUCGGCGGUUCAUUCUUCAACACCUAGUAUCAACUCUCAAUCAUAUGUGAUUCCCAUUACAGAGGAAAUGUCCAGUUCAUUCCAUGAUUCGAUCAGCACCAGCAGCAACUCAAGUGGCAGUCUUGAUAGCGAUGGCAGCAGUGUUUCCAAUGUUGUAGAGGUAAAUCAAAUGGAUAAUGAGUCCAAUAUAGAUGAAGAUUUGUUUUUGGAUAAUGAUAUUCCUCAGACAAGUAAUUUAUUACUCACAGACGCCCAAGAUCCUGGUCCAAUUUUUGACGUUUCUAGGUAUAUCUUCGAUUCACUCAAACAAUCUAUUGAUUCUACGGAUUUUUCUGAAGCACUAUCCCUGCAGACCAAGACUUCUGCUAUUAUAAAUUCAAAAAGUUUAGAACUUAAACAACAUAUUGAUGAGAUGAAAACCCGAUUGGUUCAAUUGCAAGGAAAAUUUGAAAACGGCGUAGCCACUUCAAGAAGAAUAAAACAUGAUUUAGAAACUUCUAGAAAAAAUAUCAACUAUUUAGACUCUGCUUUACGGGUCGAUUUUCCAAUAGAGUUCAAUCAGGCCAGGGAGAAAAUAUUAGAACGUAAAUUGAAUGAAGAUAACGACUGA